CAAUGCCAAUGGCCAAGGAUAAGGGAUGGGAAAAGAGGAAAAGGACGAAAAGGUGUAAAUCCAAAAUGGUGAGGGCGCCCACACAUGAUAAGUUCUCCCUUUCCUUAGACUGCUUCUAACGAAGACAACCAUUUACAGAUCAUGAGACACCUCCUCCAAUCCAUCACUGCCAAAAGACACUUGCUAUUUGCGUAGAAAUGCUAUUUGCGUAGAAAAGUUGUGCAUCUCUCAUUGUUUGUUCAUGUAAAAAUCUAGGGUUAGGGUUUUCUAUUCGAAUCGGGCAAUUAUGAAGCAGUUGUUGUACACUCAUCAGAACCAUUCUCAGAGAAUGGCUUUUGCUGGUCUUCUCCUAAUUCUGCUUCCCAUUUUCUUCCCUCGCCUUUUCGGUCCACUGGGCCGAGCCUCGCCUGCUCUCUUCUCCGAAUGGAAUGCUCCAAAACCUAGACAUCUGCCACUUCUAAAAGCUGCUUUAACUCGCCAUAUUCUCACUCGACAACAGUCUGAGCUUUGGUCCCCUUUGCCUUACCAAGGAUGGAUACCUUGCUCUGGACAAUCAACUGUGCCUUCGUUGCCUAAAAAAUCUGGUGGGUAUAUCCAAGUAUUUCUUGAUGGAGGAUUAAACCAACAAAGAAUGGGAAUAUGUGAUGCUGUUGCUGUUGCUAAAAUACUAAAUGCAACUCUUGUAAUCCCACACCUUGAAGUAAAUCCUGUCUGGCAAGAUUCAAGUUCAUUCGUGGAUAUAUUUGAUGUCGAUCAUUUUAUUGAUGUCCUACGUCAUGAAAUUUCUAUUGUUAAAGAGCCUCCUAGUGAGUACUCUUGGAGUACACGCGAGUAUUAUGCUACAGGUAUACGAGCUACUAGAAUCAAGACAGCACCUCUCCAUGCUUCAGCUAACUGGUAUCUGGAAAAUGUUUUGCCAGUAUUGCAGAGUUAUGGAAUUGUUGCUAUUGCCCCAUUUUCUCACCGCUUGGCUUUUGACAAAUUGCCUACAAACAUCCAACGCCUACGUUGUAAAGUGAAUUUUGAAGCAUUAGUAUUCGUUCCUGGUAUAAAGUCAUUGGGGGAUACACUUGUUCAUCGUCUCCGCUAUGGUGACUCAGGGACAGAGUUCCUGAAGGAGAGAAGAGGUGAUGCUGAAAAAGUGGGAUCUGGAAAGUUUGUUGUGUUGCAUCUUCGCUUUGAUAAGGAUAUGGCUGCACACUCAGCAUGUGAUUUUGGUGGUGGUAAAGCUGAAAAACUUGCUCUUGCCAAAUAUCGCCAAGUUCUUUGGCAAGGAAGGGUUUUAAACUCACAGUUUUCAGAUGAGGAGUUGAGAAGUCAGGGCCGUUGCCCAUUGACACCUGAAGAGAUUGGAUUAUUGCUAGCAGCUUUAGGUUUCAGCAAUAGUACUCGUCUCUAUCUUGCUUCACACAAGGUUUAUGGUGGAGAAGCAAGGAUCUCUACCUUGAAGCAAUUAUUCCCCAUGAUGGAAGACAAGAAGAGCCUGGCCUCUGCGGAGGAACUGGUUGAAGUUGAAGGCAAGGCUUCUCUAUUGGCUGCAGUUGACUAUUAUGUGAGCUUGCAGAGCAAUGUCUUUAUAUCUGCGUCUCCAGGAAACAUGCACAAUGCUUUGGUGGGGCACAGAGCUUACUUGAACCUGAAGACCAUAAGACCAAACAUGGUGCUGCUGGGCCCGCUUUUCCUGAACAAAAGCUUGGAGUGGUCAGAGUUUCAGCUUGCAGUGGUUAAUGGUCAUAAAAGUAGACAAGGGCAGAUUAGAUUGAGAAAGGAGAAGCAAUCAAUAUAUACAUACCCUGUUCCUGAUUGUAUGUGUCAAUUGUAACUGGGAUGGAUGCAGAAGUUCUAAACUGCAAUUUUUUGCAUAUUUAUCUGCAAUUAUUACAUUCUUUUCCUGACUUGUGUAUAGCUAGUGUCUAGAAUAUUUUGGUUUUGCAUUUUGAUUGAAUUUGUGAUUAUGGAUAUGCAGAAUUGCACGUCGGUUUCACUUUUCUCCGCUAA